GCGGCUGUGCGCCAUGAAGGUGGGACAUCGGAGCCGCAGGAGAACACACAGGCGGACAGAAUCUGUGUCCUGAAAAAAUAUAUGAAUAUGUUUCUUGGCUUAGUUAAAAAACCAUGGCUCACAGUGUGCAACAUUUACCUCCGACAAUACGCUAUCAGAGCUGGUCUGGCCCAUAAUGUUUUCAAGAACAAUGUGGCCAAUCAAAAUCUGUGGCAUAAUAUAGGAUUACAUUUUCCUAUCAGUGCUGUUGCCCAGCUGCGUUUAUGUUCAUCCAAUGGCAAAAAGGAUGGCACUACUGAGCAUAGUUUCAGCAUUAACUCAACAGAUUCCAGUAGUUGCCAAGAACCCCAAAAAACUGGGUCAAGUUCAUCAAGUCAACCUGCUUUGGAGAAAAUCCAAGUGAAAGUUAAAGCUAUUCUGAAGAAACGUGAUUAUGGGUCCACAUACACUCAAAAUAAUUUCAUCACAGCAAUGCGAGCAAUGAAUGAAUUCUGUUUAAAACCCAGUGACCUGGAGAAGUUAAGAAAAAUAAGACGGCGAAGUCCCCAUGAUGAUACAGAAGCUUUUACUGUACAUUUGAGAUCUGACAUAAUCGCUAGGGCUCUUGAGGUGCAUGGAAGUUUGGAAGCGCUAGCAAGGGCAAAAAAUCAUCGCAAAGAAGAAGAAAUUGUAUAUAAGGAAAAUCUUUUCAAGAACCAGAAAUUAAUGAAGGAAUACCAUGAUUUUUUGGGUAUGACUAUGCCUAGGUCAACUAAGUCAACACCAUUUUUACAAGGGCCAGGAAAGGUGGUGAUGGUUGCUAUUUUUAUCAAUGGACUGAAUUUUAUCUUCAAACUACUUGCCUGGGUUUAUACAGGGUCUGCAUCGAUGUUCUCAGAAGCUAUACAUUCAUUAGCUGACACUUGCAACCAGGCUUUGCUAGCAGUGGGUGUCAUUCAGUCGUCCAAGAUUCCAGAUCCUGGCCACCCGUAUGGAUUUGCAAAUAUGCGCUCCAUUGCAUCCCUCAUCAGUGGAGUAGGGAUUUUUAUGAUGGGUGCAGGACUCUCCUGGUACCAUGGAAUUAAUGGACUUUUACAUCCCCAUCAUAUAGAAUCCUUAAUGUGGGCCUAUUUUAUUCUGGCUGGUUCAUUAGUGUCAGAAGGAGCAACACUUUUGGUAGCAAUAAAUGAACUCCGAAAGAGUGCUCGUGCUAAAGGAAUAACAUUUUAUCAAUAUGUGGUGCACAGUCAUGACCCGACCACCAAUGUUGUUCUGUUGGAAGAUGCAGCUGCUGUGCUAGGAGUAUUAUUAGCUGGCAGCUGUAUGGCGCUAACGUCCCUUACAGGUAAUCCAUAUUAUGAUUGCAUUGGCUCCCUUGGUAUCGGAACUCUCUUGGGCAUUAUUUCAACAUUUUUGAUCUACACAAAUACUGAGGCUCUGAUUGGGAGGUCGAUCCAGCCAGAAAAUGUACAAAGGCUUACUGAACUUUUGGAGAAUGACCCUUCAGUAAGGGCUGUGCACGAUGUAAAGGCCACUGACAUGGGUAUGAAUACAGUUCGUUUUAAAGCAGAAGUUGAUUUUGAUGGAAGGAUAGUGACAAGAUCUUACCUGGAGAAGCAAGACAUUGACAUAAUCUUAAAUGAAAUUCAGCUGGUAAAAUCUCCUGAGGAAUUGGAAGCAUUUAUGCUGAAACACGGAGAGAAUAUUAUUGAUACAUUAGGAGCCGAGGUUGAUCGAUUAGAAAAGGCACUUAAGCAAAAAUAUCCAGAUGUACGUCAUGUGGAUUUGGAGAUCUUAUGAAAAUGCCAGGAUAUCAAAUGAAAAUCAUCAUAAAUACAAGGGAAAAAAACCCUCCAAUGUCUACUGUAGUCAUUGUAAGCUAAUAUUAUCAAAUGCUGUUAUUUAAAACAUUUCAUGAUCCAAUUUAUGGAAGGCUGACAUGGUUGCAGUGGUAUGGAGGGAUCUAUUGUGUUGUAACAUGGUUAAGGAAGUGGUUCAAACAUCGAUUAUUAGCAGUGCAACUAUUUUGAAUAUCUUCCUGGCUGCUAUUCAUUAGAAUGCUAUUCAUCAGAUUGUUUGUUCAGAAGCCAGGCAUGGUUGGGUCAGGAAUGAGAUUGAAAUAGACAGCUUGGCCCACCUGUUCUCAAGUCUGAUAGAUAAACUAACUUUCCAUUGAAACAUAUUCCUUGGUUUACUGAUGUAAAAUUACCCUGAUUCAAACAUGACACCAUUGUGUUUCAUCUUGUUCAGGUUUGACAUAAUGCUAACUGAAAAGAUGAAGGCUAACUUCACAAUCUUUUUCAAUUCUGGGUCCAUUGAGUUUACUCGUAAAUUCAAACCAAAAUUAUAUGGAAGGAAAUAAAAUGUAUCUUAAUCUCU